AUGCUCUCGGGCAUUCUCAUCUUCAACCAGAAGGGCGAGAACCUCAUCUUCCGCGCCUUCCGCAACGACUGCCGCCCGCGCCUUGCCGAUGUCUUCCGCAUCCAGGUCAUCAGCAAUGCCCAGGUCCGCUCGCCCAUCCUGACCCUCGGCAGCACCACCUUCAGCCAUGUCAAGCACGAAAACAUCUACCUUGUCGCCAUCACAAAGAGCAACGCCAAUGCCGCCCUCGUCUUUGAGUUCCUCUACCGCCUCAUCCAGCUCGGCCGCGGCUACUUUGGCAAGUUUGACGAGGAGGCCGUCAAGAACAACUUUGUCCUGGUCUACGAGCUGCUUGACGAGAUCAUCGACUUCGGCUACCCCCAAAACACCGAGACCGACACCCUCAAGAUGUACAUCACCACGGAAGGCGUCAAGUCCGAACAGCGCGCCGAGGACUCGGCCAAGAUCACCAUGCAGGCAACCGGCGCCCUCUCGUGGCGCAAGGCCGACGUCAAGUACCGGAAGAACGAGGCCUUUGUCGAUGUCAUAGAAGAUGUGAACCUGCUCAUGUCGGCCACCGGCGCCGUCCUGCGCGCCGACGUCACCGGCCAGAUCAUCAUGCGCGCCUACCUGAGCGGCACCCCCGAGUGCAAGUUUGGCCUCAACGACCGCCUGCUGCUGGACAAUGACGGCAUGAUGUCGCUGCCCAGCGGCAACCGCAUGGGCACAAAGGCCACCAAGGCCGCCGCAGGCAGCGUCACCCUCGAGGACUGCCAGUUCCACCAGUGUGUCAAGCUGGGCAAGUUCGACUCGGACCGCAUCAUCUCCUUUGUGCCCCCCGACGGCGAGUUCGAGCUGAUGCGCUACCGCGCCACCGAGAACGUCAACCUGCCCUUCAAGGUCCACGCCAUCGUCAACGAGGUCGGCAAGACAAAGGUCGAGUACAGCAUCGGCGUCAAGGCCAACUUUGGCAGCAAGCUCUUUGCCACAAACGUCGUCGUGCGCAUCCCCACCCCGCUCAACACGGCCAAGAUCACGGAGCGCUGCACCCAGGGCAAGGCCAAGUACGAGCCUGCCGAGAACAACAUUGUCUGGAAGAUCGGCCGCUUCACCGGCCAGAGCGAGUUCGUCUUGUCGGCCGAGGCAGAGCUCAGCAGCAUGACCAACCAGAAGAGCUGGAGCCGCCCCCCGCUGAGCUUGAACUUUAGCCUACUCAUGUUCACUAGCAGUGGACUGCUUGUUCGCUACCUGAAGGUCUUCGAAAAGAGCAACUACAGCAGCGUCAAAUGGGUCAGGUACAUGACGAGAGCGGGUAGUUAUGAGAUCAGGUUCUAG